AAAAUGACGGAAACAACCGAGCCCGUAUCGGCGUAUCCGAACGGCACUGGGUGGGCUGGCGGGUUGGGACACGGUGUCACUCACCGCCGAUAUAGGAUCUCCAAACAUUCACCACCACUGCCAGUCUGCAGCUACAACUGCAACUUUUGGGUUCUCAGAUCUUCAUUUACUUAGGUGUGUGUCUGUCUGAUCUGCGUCUACAUAAGCUAAGUAUAUAUGCAGCAUUCAGAUUUAGUUUAGUUUGUCUUUUUUAUUUUAUUUAUUAAUUAGUUUGUUGUUUCCUGUUCCUAAAAAAUUUCAUUGAUAUGUUUUCCUUCUCCUCUGGAAUUAUGAUAUAGAUGAACUGGUUUGCAACUGGGUUUGGGAAGCUAUGCUAUGAUGGCUCUCUUCAGGCACAGUGCUGAAUUGUUACCAGAGAGAAAGGAUAAUGUUGUUAUAGAGUUUAAAUCUCUCAAUAGAAAUGAGCACAGGAUUCGUCGUGGGAGGAAAUUUGGUCGCAUAACUAAACAAAGAUUCUCAGUUUGGCUGACUGUGCUUGCAGUGCUCUUUCUGAUCUAUUUGAUAUUUUUUAGCAUAAAAAUGCUCUUUCAUGGUAAAAUGGAAGGUGGCAUUUCAACUUCGAUACAAGUACAAGAAGAAAUUAUGGGAGUAGAUGAAUUAGAUGUUUUAAGGCAAGCAAAAAGCAAGCACCGUAAGAAAUAUCCUCCCUGUGAGGUUGGGCUUUCAGAUUCUGUUGAUCAUCUUGUUGAUGCCAAGGAUUUUGUGAACUUCACACAAUUUUCACUAGAUUAUAUUGACAAAGAAGAGAAACCUUUUGACAAGAGUCUAUCCAGAUUUGGAGGACAACAGAGCCUUGAAGAAAGGGAGAAGUCCUUCUAUGCAAGGAAUCAAACACUUCAUUGUGGCUUUGUGAAAGGACCAGAAGGCUCUCCAAGCACUGGAUUUGAUCUGGAUGCAAAUGAUAAAACAUACAUGAAUACAUGUAAAGUUGUGGUAUCUUCUUGCAUUUUUGGGAACUCUGACUUUUUGAGAAGGCCGACUAGCAAACGGAUAAGUGAAUAUUCUAAGAAAAACGUUUGUUUUGUCAUGUUUGUGGACGAGCAAACACUGUCAAAAUUGUCAUCGGAGGGAAAUUUUCCAAAUGAUGGAGGGUACAUUGGUUUAUGGAAAAUAGUUGUUGUGAGGAACUUACCUUACAAGGACAUGCGGAGAACUGGAAAAGUGCCAAAAUUUUUGUCGCACCGCCUUUUCCCUUCUUCCAUGUAUUCUAUUUGGCUUGACAGCAAAAUGAGGCUCAAUACUGAUCCAAUGCUGAUUCUUGAGUACUUUUUGUGGCGGAUGAGGUCAGAGUAUGCUAUUUCAAACCAUUAUGAUCGCCACUGUGUCUGGGAGGAGGUACUUCAAAAUAAGCGUCUAAAUAAGUACAAUCACUCGGCCAUCGAUGAGCAGUUUAAUUUUUACCAGUCUGAUGGUCUCACGAAGUUUGACCCUUCAGACCCAAAUAAUCCUAUUCCAAGUUAUGUACCUGAAGGCUCCUUUAUUGUGCGGGCCCAUACACCAAUGUCAAAUUUAUUUUCAUGCCUUUGGUUCAAUGAAGUUGACCGAUUUACUUCACGUGAUCAACUAAGCUUUGCAUAUACUUACUUGAAACUGAGGAGGAUGAAUCCAGAUAGACCUUUUUUCCUAAAUAUGUUCAAGGAUUGUGAGCGCAGAGCGCUAGCAAAGCUAUUUCGGCACAAGGCGGUGCCUUCACCUCCACCUGCUCCUUGAUCCAUUGAAAUUCUUUUGGCGUAAGCCUGUAAAAUUAAGGGAUGGCGUGAUUCUGGGCAUCCUAUCCAAGAACUCAUACGUGUGCUCACCUGGUUACUCAUGUAUCUAUGGUGUAUUUUCUUCUUGUUUUCCAAUUUUGCCUAAUGAGAGGUUACCUGUUAUAGCUUUCUUGGUUAUCAUUCAGAAACUGAUCAUGUGUAAAAAACCAAAACGGUGAUUAGAUACUUGUACAGAAGUGGAAGUAGUUAUAAAGUUCAACUACACAACUGUGGAUUUUUUGUAUGCC